AUGAUCAAUACCAUGAAUAAUUUGAACCUCAAUUACGUGAAAGUGGCAUACCAGUUUUGGAUACCUGUUUACACUCUCCUUGAUCCCAUUCAUUGGCUACAUCAUCAUGGAGGCCGAGACACGUUUACAUGGUGGACUUUUGCCUGCUACAAACCCCCAUCUCAUCUAAAGGUGACAUCCUCCAAAUUCCUGAUCCAUUCCACCAUUAUUGGGUGCUUCAACAAAACCUCCCUUGACUUCCAGAGUAAGAUUCUGGAACGUUCUGGGCUUGGAGAAGAGACUUAUCUCCCCCAAUCACUGCAUUGCAUUCCCUCGAAGUCUUCUAUUGAUGCUGCCAGAGAUGAGGUAGAGCAGGUUGUCUUUGGCGCACUCGAUAACCUCUUUGCCAACACCAAGGUCAACCCAAAAGACAUUAACAUCGUCAUUGUGAAUUGCAGCUUGUUCAAUCCCGCCCCUUCCAUCACUGCUAUGAUAGUCAACAGAAAUCAGAUUAAAAAGUAUCAAGAGGGAAUCAUGUCUGGUACUGGUGUGUCUGCAAAAUUUAUCAAGUACAAGAUGGGGAAUGAUGUGAGGAGCUUCAACUUGGGAGGUAUGGGUUGCAGUGCGAGUAUUCUAGCUAUUGAUCUUGCAAAGGACUUGCUUCAGCUUCACAAGAACAGUUAUGUAGUGGUGGUCAGCACUGAGACCAUCACUCGAAACUGGUACUUCGGGAACAACAAGGCCAUGCUGAUACAAAAUUGCUUGUUCCGCCUUGGUGGGGCAGCGAUUCUUCUUUCUAACAAGGUUUCGAAAAGUUAUGGAGUCAACUACGAGCUUGUUCAUGUUGUGAGGACUCACAAUGGUGCAGACGACAAAUCAUUCAAGUGUGUUCAACAGGUGCAAGAUUCGGAUGGAAAAUUUGGGGUUUGUUUGUCAAGGGACCUCAUGAUUGUUGCUGGUAAAGCCCUCAAGGCUAACAUCAGUACUUUGGGUCCCCUUUUCUUACGUGCCAAUUUUAAACAUGGUUUUUACCAUUUCUGCAUUCAUGCUGGUAGCAAGGCUGUGAUUAAUGAGGUUGAGAAGAGCCUGCAGCUUCUGAAAAGUGACUCAGAGGCUUCUAAAAUGACUCUGCACAGGUUUGGAAACACUUCCUCCAGCUCCAUUUGGUAUGAGUUGGCUUACAUUGAGGCAAAGCAUAAGAUGAAUAAGGGGAACCGUGUGUGGCAGAUUGCAUUUGGAGUGGAUUCAAGUGUAAUAGUGCUGUGUGGAAAGCCCUCACCAAACAAUCCAUGGGAAGAUUGCAUUGAUAACUACCCUGUUGAGAAUUGA